GGAUUCUCCGUUGACCUUACAGUGAAUUCGGCCGUGUAUUGUGAUACAAUUUGAGAUGAGAAUGGGAUCAAUUUUCUGUAGAUUUCGUUCUUUUUAUCGUGUUUUUAUCGAGUGAUAAGACAUGUUUAGUAAAAAAUCACACGGGGACUUCAAGAAAUCCGGUCAGAAGGUGCUCGAUUUGAAGAAAGAUGUGCUUUCUAGGCUCAGACACCUGCGAGUUGUGAUCGAAAAUGCUGAGACGUCAGAACUGAAGUCGUAUUUUGAGCAGUACUUCUCCCACAUCUACCAUGUUUUCUAUGAAAACUUUAUCCUUCUUGAGGCGAGCACCAAACAGAGGGUCCAUAAGGCACAGCGAGAGGACUUGGAUGCAAUACUAGCAGUGUUUGAGAAAAUCUUCCUGUUUUUGCCCGAGUUGAUUCACUCCAGAUGGCAGUUCCACAGUAUAGGGCGUGUUAUGAAGAAGCUCCUGCAUGUUGGGAACGGAUUGAAGCAUCGGAUGGACGGGAUGCGGUUGUUCCUCCUCUGGUUCCAGAUCCUCCAGAAGAAUGCUUCCGAAGAGUGCUACCUGAUGUACGCUACCCUGGUCCCAGGUUUCCCAGUCCCUACAGGGAUCUAUGGCAGCAGCCUGGAGCAUGUCAUGACACACAACUCCAGGACGUCCCCUAACUUUGACAGUCCUAUUCUUGAGGUAGAGAUCAACCCUAUAGUCCCUGCUCAGCCGGGAGAGAAACCGACAGAAAACCUCACCAAACUACUGCUUGAAAGCCUACUCAAACACACAGUCACACAGGUUCCUAGAGUGGAAUGGUCUGAUGUAAGCAUGAAGGACGAGGCAUUCAUCUUCCUGCUGGAAAACUUCAAGGGAUUCUACUUGCCACAUAUAUUCCCUGAAUUUCUUCAUAGCACCAGUCUGUACAGCCCAAUAUUAGAAAUUCCCAGAGCUAGAAGUACUGGCAACAGCGUCGGAUCCAGUUAUACUAACAAUCUGGCUGCGUGUCGGGUCAGUGUGGUCAACUGGGUGGUCAGUUUUAUAACCACACACAAGAACAAGUCAAGUUUUUUAACGGACAAGCCAGAGCUCAACACCAAAGACUCUCUGGAACGCAAGUUGGACACCAUGCUGCUGAAAGAGGGCGGCGACUCCUCUAACUCCUCAUCAGCGACCAUCAGCCCCAACUCCACCCUGUCCCUGAGCGCCAGCACCAUCUCCCUAGCCCUGCCCCUGCAGGAUGACCUGGAGAGCUCUGGGAGGGAGUUGGUCCAGAGGGUGCUCUACUCCACCAGGGAUAACAUCAACUUUGUCCAGGAAGUACUCAGACAGGGCUUCCUCCUACCAAUGAGUGAGUCAAAGGCUGUGAAGCUCUCUCUGAAAGUCUACAAUGAGUGGAUACAGAACUCGAUGGUCAAGCCUGUUUUCAUGGAGGAGCCUGAGGAGGAAGAUGAGGCGAAGAGAGAGAAUGAGGUCAAGAGGCUUGAACCUCCGGCCUCUCUGACCAGUCAGAUCAGUUCCAUCCUGGAAGGAUCUCAGGAAGGUGGGACAUCACAAGAGGGCGGGCUCUCCGAGAUUGAUAGCCCUUCCUCGGAGUCGGCCGAUAAGACGUUUGCAGGGUACUUGCCAGAUGUGGAGGUGAGCGCUGGGAUGAACGAAACGAGGGGUCCACCAUUGGUUAAGAGCCCAUCAGUUUCCUCUGAUGGAACCAAAGCUAAACGCAGUAACUCGUACAUCGGUGCAAUCAACCAAGCCAUCCGAGAUGACAUGAACAAGUGCAAUGUAGGUGCUGGGCUGCAGAGAGUAGUCCAGGUAUUCAUCACCAACUCCUCCAAUGUGUUUCUGCUGGAGCCCGGGGGAGGGUCAUCGGGUGCCCCCGACCCUAUCCAUCCCAUCAGAGAUCAGGUGGACAUCUGCAGGAGGGUGCUAGGUAGCUACAGACAUAUCGUUAUGAACGUCAAGUUGGAGAAAACUACCUGGGAUCAGCUUCUGAUGGUAUUACUCCGAGUGACCGAGGGUAUCUUGGGAGGUACACCCAGUAAACCUCGUCUUGCCCUUGGCCAACAUUUGGCGCAUAUACUCUUUCAAACCUUGAUCGUAACCUGGAUCAAAGCCAACCUUGAGAUCCAGGUGUCCACCAGUCUUUGGGAAGACUUCCUCAGAGUGCUAUCAUCACUCACUCAUUGGGAGGAGCUUAUCAAGGAGUGGUCGAGAACCAUGGAGACCCUGACCAGAGUGCUUGCCAGACGGGUCUAUCACCUAGACCUCAGCAACCUGCCCCUGGACAAGCUCUCCGAGCAGAAGCAGAAGCGGUUGCGGGGCACAGGGCGCCAGCCACCCCUCCAGGCGGCCGACCUGAUAAAGAAGGGCAUGCACGAGCGCUCCUUCUCCAGGGGGUGGAGCCGCUGCGACUCGACGUCUCCCAACACCAUGGAGGAGCUGGAGAGGAAGAGGAACAAGCUCAACACCAUCGGGAGCCAGAGUGAUCUCACCAGGAUCAGGGAGAUGAGGCAGAGUGAGAAGGAUGGUGAUGUAAUCUCAUUACACUCGUCACACCCUAACCUCAACCUAACAAGACAACGUUCCUUGACUGUGGAUCCCUCAUUAGCCACAAGAGAGGAACAGACCUUGGUAGCCUCCGUCCAGAUACCCAGGAGUAGCAGUGAGGGAGAGCUCUUUGAUGGAUUCAACUUCCAGAGAAAUAAAGAAGAUGGAGAGAGGGUAGAAGGCAUGGUCAAAUCAACCACAUUUCCUCUGGUAACCAGGCAACAACAUCCAUCGGAGAAUGGUGAGAAUGAUAAGAUGCUAGAUGACUUGAGCCUGAGCCAGAGUAGCAUACCGCUCAUCAAUCACCCGGACAACCUGAGCCUUGACGAAAACUCCCUGGAGGUGCCUCUGCCGGACUCCAGUCCCACCACCCCUACAGACAUCAACCGCCUCACACCUACCAGCAGUCUCAUUGAGGAGAUAGACCAGGAGGUCAAUAUAGGAGUGCACUCGUACCAUUCAGGGGGCAGUGGCAGUGUGACGCCGGUGUCAACCACGCCUCACUUUGGUUACGAAGGGACAUCGCCGGGCGGUCUCAGGUUCUGUAACUCGGAUGAUACGUCGCCCGGGGGUAAUAAUCAUUAUAACUCGGAUGGGAGUUCGAGGGACACGCCAAUCAUUGGAGUGUUGAACGAUAAUGGAGACAUCGUUGAUCUUGCCAAAGAAUCACCCUUGAUGGAGGAAGAGGAUCAAAAUAUCAAUAUAGAGGAUAGGAUGGACCUAGCUGGAGAUACGACUGAUUCAGGAGUAAUAGGGGAAAAUGGAUCCGUUCAAAGACCCGAUGCCAGCGUGAUGUCGGGAGGUACCCGGAUAGGAUGGCAUCCUGAUGUUGCGGUGGUAGUGUGGAGGAGAUUGCUGUGUAUUCUCGGUGACAUCAAUCAGAUUAGUGAUCCCAGACUUCACUGGGUGGUCCUAGAAUGUCUGUGGGCCAUCUGGCAGAUGCUAGCUAAGAUCCGUGACAACCAAGGCAUCAGUACGGACAACCAGACCACACCCCCUCCUCCAGAGAACAUUCCACCCCUCCUCCUCUUCUCUCCCUGGCUCUUCAGAGCGACCUACCUCCCUGUCGGCUACCAGCACGGCAGGCUGUCUGCGUACAAGCAGCUCUGUGCCAUGACGGUACGACGGCAGGAACAUCCCCUCCCCAAGGAACACCUGGUCCACUUCUACAGAGUCCUCCACUUUGGACUGGUUGGAACCGAUCAGGAUGUGAUCAAUACUAUUGUGCAAUACAGUGCUCCUGACUUCUUCUACUGUGACUUGCCAGGAGCUACCCUCCUAAUACUGGACUUCAUUCAAGCAGCUAACAUGAUAACGGCCAACUUUGAUCUAGAUGCUCCAAGGAUAGAAGCUCUGUCUCUGCUGGGUUCUCUGGUGUGUUUUCCCAACAUGUUCUGUAACCUAACGGUGUUCCAGCCGGCUCCUAAAGACAUCAGUACCAUGGUGUGUAAGGAUAUCAAGCCUGUCAAGGAUCACCUCAUCAGCAUUCUACUCAAAUGUGGAAAGAAGGAGCCCAACUGUGAAGCUCGCUGUAUCGCCCUCUGUGGUCUGGGUAUCUUUGUCUACGAGGAGCUAGCGCACACGACCUUUCACCCUCGUAUCAAAGAAGCAAUCAAUGUACUCCUUGCCAGUCUGAAAUUCCAGAACAAGCUAGUUGGACAGGUCGCGUGUGACAUGCUCCUGGUUAUAUGUGACCAUGCUGAACGGUUGAGGAGACAUUUGCCAGAAGCUCCUAAGAAGAUCAUUGAGGUAAUAGCCAUGACAAUAGCUAGCUUAUUGUCAAGUACCGAGAUGACUGAACAGGAAGAGGAUAAAAAGCUGAUUGUAUCACUCAUGUUCUGUCUGUCUGAGUGGUGUAUUUCCAUUCCACUCUCAUCCCUGCUUGAAGGCACAGAGAGCAAGUCAAAGAAAGAGGCCAAACCUCUCCUACACACAGUAUUCAAGGUAUUGCAGACAGCAGUGGAGGGUGUAGCCGCUGAGAGUUUAUACACCAUCAACUUCUCUGAGCUAGCAUCACCGGACUACGACCCCCACAUCAACCUAGACUCUCUCAAGGACAGUCACCUCCUACACCCAGCCCUCAAAAACAACCCCAUGGAAUUCUCAGACUUUAUCUUUGACGAGGGUGAAUCACAAUCUUCAUCUUCAUACCAAGUACAAUCUUCAUUUUCAUCAGAACUUACAAGACUAACAGCCAGAACAGUCCUAACACAGCUGAUCGACAAGCUGAAUCACUUUCCCCUUGGUGGGGGACCGGCCUGUGUCACGUCACUCGUGAAUGAGGUCGAUGACCUGCCGAACUUUGACACCGAUGACAUCACGCCGCGGCUCUUUGAGGCUGAGAAUGUACAGUUCUUCAUAUACAACGAUGCUUCAUUGGUCUCUCUCACACAGAUCCCACCAUUGGAUGAUGGAUCAGAGUCUGGACUUUCUGUAGCCACAUCAGACCUGAGAGCUGUGGUAAGGAAUGUAUCAGGAAAGUUUGCAUGGGACGGUCGGAUCAUCUAUGGACCCGCAGACUGCAAGGCACAACCAACAAGACUAGUGACCAGACAGAAGCCACCUGUUGCCCCUCCCCCAGAGGAUCAAGCAGACUCUGUUUUCUGGAUGGCACCCAAGUCUCGCAAGCUCUCUGUCGACAUCAUCACCAACAACAAGAAGUCCAGGAGUACUGUUCCAUCAUGGCAGGAAGAAGGAGACUCUUUAGAUGUACUCACGGAGCUUCAACAAUACAUUGGCUUCACCAGCCCGGAGUGUUUACUCAGACCGGGGAUUCCCCUCAAUCUUCCCUUCCCAUCACCAGCAGACAUGUGCAGUGACAUGGAGCGCUAUGCCAUGGGUGCCCUGCUCAAACAGUGUGAUAAGGAGGCUGAAUACGUGGAGAGAUAUGGGGAGGUGGAAAGCAUGGUUGCCGAGGAGUGCUGGCAGACUGCGCACAAAGAUCCUGAGUCUCAGUUCUGCCUGUGUCGACAGCUGGUUAGUCAGUUAGGCUUCAUGAACUGGGAUAAGAGGGAUGAGGUUGAUAUUGUAAAGAAGAAUGAGCAGUUUGCAAGAGAACUCAAGAACUUGGAUUCCAGGCAAUGCCGGGAGACCCACAAGAUAGCAGUGCUGUAUGUAGCAGAAGGGCAGGAGGAUAAGCAGUCUGUUCUAUCCAACAGUGGAGGAAGCAAGGCUUAUGAAAACUUCAUCUCAGGGCUAGGAUGGGAGGUUGACUUGAGCACCCAUCCAGGGUUCAUGGGAGGCCUGCAUAAGAACGGCAGCACAGGAGAGACGGCUCCUUACCACGCUACCUCUACAGUAGAGGUCAUCUUCCAUGUCUCCACCAGGAUGCCUUCAGGAACGGACCUCAAUAAGAAGAUGCGUCACCUCGGCAAUGACGAAGUUCACAUUGUGUGGUCGGAGCAUUCCAGGGACUAUCGAAGAGGUAUCAUAGCAACGGAAUUUGGAGAUGUGAUCAUCGUGAUCUAUCCUCUCAAGAACCAGCUCUUCAGGAUACAAAUCCAACGGAAAGGAGAUGUGCCAUUCUUUGGUCCCCUCUUUGACGGAGCAGUGGUGGACUACCGAGUUCUACCUGGCCUGGUUAGGGCGACAGCCAUCAACGCAAACCGCAUCAAGAGAUCUCAGCUCGAGUUCUACCAACAGUUCUAUGAGGAAAGAUCCAAGUAUCUGGAUACCAUCGUGAAAAACCACAAAGACUGCUCCACCUUUGAAGACUACUCGGCCCACGUCUUUGAGCCAGCCCUCGCUCGACAGAAAAUUCAAAACACAAGGUAUUUCACUAGCCCCGAGUCGUCCGGCAGCGGCCCCGCCCACAGCCUGACCAACGUGGAUUCGAAGGGCUCCCUCUUGCCGUCAAAGCUUCAGUUCACGUCAAAGUCCACGGAAUGUGUGUAUUACUCCCCUUCAAGACACAAAUCAGUGGUAACGUUUUUCAUGAACGAGAAGCCUGGGGUGUCGCCCUCCAGCAGUGUGACCCGCCCCAAUCGCUUCUCCCAGCCUGAGAGACUCCUGGCCAGCAUGACCCAGGGCCAGCCUGCCCUGUCUCUCUCCUCCUCCCUCAACGCCUCGGUCAAGCUCACCGGCAGCCAAGGGAGCGGUGAGAGGCACUCUCCAAGACUUGGUGGACGCAAGGAAGGCAGAGGUGAUGAGAAGACGCCCUCUAGUGAGGUCCAAGGGAUCAGCACCCAGACUGAUCUUACGGCAUCAUCCAGCACCACUUCUACUGCUUCCAACUCCAGCAGCAUCAACCCUGGCAGACCUCGAAGCCGUACCAAGAGGCAGUCAUCAUCAGGGUCGGCUACCUCAGAGACUACUCCUCCAGAGAGUCCAGAAAACAGCAAAAAAUGAGGCACCCAGAAAGAUCUGAGAGCAUCGUCUAACACUAUUUCACCUUCUUACACCACUGGCACCAAUCCCAGCAGAGGUUGUAGCCAUACCAAGAGACAGUCAUCAUCAGGGUUGGCCACUUCAGAGACCACUCCACCAGAGAGUCCAGAUAAUAACAAAAAUUGAGGCACCCAGACUGAUCUGACACCAUCGUAACACUACUUCACCUUCUUACACCACUGGCACCAGUUCCAGCAGAGGUUGUAGCCAUACCAAGAGGCAGUGAUCAUCAGGGUCGGCUACCUCAGUGACCACUCCACUAGAGAGUCCAGAUAACAAGAAAUGAGACAUCCUGACAGAUCUGACAGCAUCAUCUAGCACUUUACUCCUUCCACCAUCUCUGGUAUCAACUGUAGCAGACAUUGUAGCCAUACCAAGAGACAAUCGUCAAUAGGGUUGGCCACUUCUGAGAUAACCCCUCCAGAGAAUCCAGAGAACAACAAGAAAUGAGGCACCUAGACAGUUCUACCUUUGUCAGCCUGCAUUAUUUCACCCUCUUCCUUCUCUGGCAUCAAUCCUGCAGAUCUUUGGCACAGCAGAGACCACUGCGGUCCAGAGAGGAAAUUAGGCACUUUGUGACAUGAGUAUACCAACAAAAAGGAGUGUCAAGUCUUUGUGAGUGAUCAAGGACUGUUGCUGGAUUUGUGAAAAUGCCAAAUGAUAAUCUGUAGCCUCUCUUACAGAAAAGCACCGGUACUCAAGCAAGGGGGUAUAUUGAUGGAGAGCUAGCUCCAGGGGGAAACAAAUGUCAGAUGCUGCAUGAGGUCUCAGCUUGGUUGAAAGAUCUUAUCACAGUAGCUACACCUUAGUCACCUCACACAGUUCCUUGCUGAUAUAAGACAGUCACAUACAUUUAGACACAUCGAUAGAGCUUUGUCCAGGUGAUGGCAUGCGAGCAUCAUCUCUAGGAACAGACAACUAGAAUGUACAAAGACAGAAGUGAACAAAGAUAUUCUUACUACAGUCAAACCUGCUUUAGUGACUACCUGUCUAAAAAGGCCACAUCUGUUGUUUCCAUUGAAAAUGGUUUCUCAUUGAAUCAUGUACUAAAGGAACCUGUCUACAAAGGCCACUUUUUGUGUUUCCCUUGGGUGGUCACUAUAAACAGGUUUGACUAUAUCACUUCUUGCAUCAAAACCUGAAUAUGUUGAUAAGAACAUAUGUUCUAAACGGGAUUCCAUAGAACAUGGUGAACAAGAUUGCGGAAUAAGGUGUCCAGUGAAGAUACAGAUUACAAGAGAGAUAUCAAAGCAAUUUUUUUACAAAAUAUAGAAUUACAAACCAAAGCCAUUUCAGCCAGCUCAUUUUAUAAAAGUGGGGUUUUUCUUUCAUGUCAAAAGAAACACAAAGUGAAUUAUCCACUCCAGUAUUCCUUUCAUCUUUGGAAUAACCCAAGAGACGAUUGAUUACCCUUCGUAUCUCAG